ACCCUCCCAGUGCUGACAGUUCCAGGGCGAUGGCUCUGUUAAAAAGCUCUGAGCGGCUUCAUCGCUUCCAAUUCAUUGUGUGGCACAUCCACUCUAGAGGCUGCAGGAACCAUGAGCCGUAAAGUUGUGAGAUCCAGCAAAUUCCGCCAUGUCUAUGGACAGCCCGUCAAGGCCGACCAGUGUUAUGACGACAUCCGAGUUUCCCAGAUGACCUGGGAUGGGAAUUUUUGCUCUGUGAACCCCAAAUUCCUGGCCAUCGUUGUGGAAGCCAGUGGUGGAGGAGCCUUCUUGGUUUUGCCGUUGGCUAAGACUGGGCGUCUGGAUAAAGCCCACCCUGUGGUCUCGGGGCACACAGCCCCUGUCCUGGAUGUGGAAUGGUGCCCCCACAAUGACCAUGUGAUUGCCAGCGGAUCCGAGGACUGCAGUGUUAUGGUCUGGGCAAUUCCUGAAGUUGGCCUUACGCGACCCUUGAAUGAACCCCUGGUGACCCUCGAAGGCCAUUCCAAGCGGGUGGGGAUUGUUUCCUGGCAUCCCACAGCGCAGAACCUCUUGCUGAGUGCAGGCUGUGACAAUGUGGUCAAAGUUUGGGACGUGGGGAUUGGGCAGGCACCCCUCUCAUUAGAUGACCUGCACCCAGAUGCCAUCUACAGUGCCACCUGGAACCAGGAUGGGUCUCUGCUCUGCACAGCUUGUCGGGACAAACGUGUCCGAUUAUUUGACCCUAGGGCUGGAGGAACCAUUGCCAACGAGCUGUCCCGCCCACAUGAAGGCUCGCGUCCUGUCCGGGCUGUUACCGUGAACGACGGAAAGCUGUUCACAACAGGCUUCAGCCGCAUGAGUGAGCGGCAGGUGGCGCUGUGGGAUCCGAGGAAUCCAGGGGAAGCACUGACCCUGCAGGAGCUAGACACAAGCAGCGGAGUCCUCCUGCCUUACUACGAUCCAGACACCAAUGUGAUUUACCUGACUGGCAAGGGUGACAGCAGCAUCCGCUAUUUUGAGCUGACGGGCGAGGCGCCCUUUGUGCACUACCUGUCCAUGUUCAGCUCCAAGGAGUCCCAGCGAGGAGGAGGUUGGAUGCCGAAGCGAGGCCUGGAUGUCAGCAAGUGCGAGAUUGCCAGGUUUUACAAGCUCCAUGAGAGGAAAUGUGAACCCAUUGCCAUGACGGUGCCUCGGAAGUCAGACCUUUUCCAGGAAGAUCUGUACCCAGACACGGCUGGCCCAGAUGCUGCGCUGACAUCCGAGGAGUGGCUGGCAGGGAAGAAUGCCAGCCCCAUCCUUAUCUCCCUCAAGGAUGGUUACACUCCCCAGAAGACCCGAGAGUUCAAGGUCAACCAGACUCUCCUUCAAGGUCCGAAAAGAAGCCAUGAAGGAACAGCAACUGGGGGUCCAGCGUUAGAGCAGCUCUCAGAGGACCUGAAACGGCUGCAGGCCACAGUCUCAGAACAGGAACGACGCAUCUCAGAGCUGGAGAAGAUUGUGAAGAAAUAGCCACCCUACCUCCUCUUCAAAACCAAUCCUGUUUACCAUCAGUUGUAUUGAACUUUGUUUCAUUGGCCUUUUAAAAACCUCUCAACUUCCUGCGGGUGGAUCCUCAGGGCAUUAUUCUGCUCCACCCAUCUCAAACUCAGGGCAAAAACUCAAGCUUGCCAGUUCUGGACGGGUCUUUCUCUUUUGGCUAGCUAGCUUGCACCUAAGGUCUUGGUUCUGCUUGGGUGAUGUUAAAUGCACAGGCAAAGCCCUUGUGAGGUCACAAAAAGACAAGUGUUUCCAUGAACAAUCUGCAGGCAGUCAUCUCGCGUGGGGGGGAGGCAAUUAUAUGCAUGCAUUCUCCUCUAUUACUUCCUGUUUCCCCCUCAGGACUUCUUUAGAAAGUGCUGUAAGACAAGCUUCUUUGCUCUGAUUUUGAAUGUGGGAGCAGAGCUUGGAAAAUUUACUUUUUUUGGACUAUAGGAGGCAAGAAUGAAAAUAAAAAUGUGGGGCACCUUAAAGACUGUUAUGUUUCAGUGUGAAAUUUGGGGGAUCAAGUCCUUAAGACAUCUGUGGACAAUUCUCAUAAUUACAGGCCGUGUUGGCUGGCAGAUUGAUAGUCCAAAAAAUACAUUUUCUCAAGCUCUGGGGCUGGGAGUUGCCUCUUGUUUUAAUGUUUAAAUAACUGCUCAAUUAAAACCAGUUGUUAAGCCAAGAUGCAUUGGUCAGUUACCUCGUAUUUUUCACAGGACCCUCAAAACAAGUAUUUUUAAAAAACUGCAGAUGGCCCAUUUUAAAAUAGGCGGUCACACUUGUAUGAGAAAAGAGGGGGAAACACCUCUUAAUAAGUGUGCUUCAAAGCUUGUGUGCUUUUGUAAUAAAGACCGUUUGUUUCUUUAGA